AUGAAGGUCCGAUGCUCGGGGGAUACUCCUAGAUGUUCGAAUUGCCAGAGGAGGAACAAGCAGUGCACUUAUUCAAACUCCAAGCCUGGUCCUUCCAGGGGUCCGGUGGAGGGUGCGUCUUCUUCAAGGGAUGAGGCGGGUUCAAGCUCUCAGCGUGCCGUCUCGCCUGAUCGUCAACAGUCUAUCACUUCGGGUUCUCAACACGAAAGUCCAGGGCCUGCUGAAGAUGUUCCUCCAGUCAAUCAGCCUACAGAUUCUUCACCUUCAGACGAGUUAGUCACGGGUCUAGUCGCUCAGUACUUUGAUCGUCUGUAUCCCCUUGCCUCGUACAGCUUCCUCCACAAGGCCACCGUCAUUCAGAGAUGUCGCGACAAGACCAUCGACCGAGCCCUCAAGUUGGCCCUAUGUGCCAUCACGGCCAUGUAUUUCGACAAGCACAACCAAGAGCGCGAUGCCUGGGCUCAAGAAGCCGAACGACUUAUGCUCGACCGUCUCGAACAGCCGUCCAUCUUUCAGCUUCAAGCGUCGCUUCUACUCAUCCGCUAUCGUGCAGGUGUUGGACAGUUUCCGAGAGCUUUCAUCAUGGCUGGUCUCGCUGGUAGAUGGGCAGUGGCUCUACGACUCAACUAUGAGCACUCGAGGUUAGGGCCUGUGGCUCAAGAGGUGAGGAGGAGGACAUUUUGGUCGCUGUAUCUACUUGAAGACAGCUUCUGCGUUGGGCUAAAGGAGUUUGAACUCUUUGACCCGGACACGAUCCAUCUCCAGCUCCCCUGCGAAGAUGUCGACUUUCAUCAAGAGCGUCAUGUCAGCACGGGUUAUUUACAACCAGGGAAAGGUCUUGAGCCAGAAGUGUUGGGCUCUCGGGCGGCCUUUGUUCGACUUGCAUUCAUCCGUCGGGCUAUCAUGAGACUCAAUCGUCGAGUCUUUCUCAAGGAGGUCAAUUUGUCGGAGCUGUUUUCAUCUAUGGAGAGGUUCCAGAACGACCUCCUUCGUCUUCGAACAAAGCUUGCACCUGGCGAUCAAUACCCUCCUACAAAUCCUGAAGAACUACAUCGACCGCCCCAAUAUGCCAUCAUGCACAUGAGCUGGCACCAAUGUCACUGCGACCUCUACCGCAUCUUCCUCACCGGAUAUCCUGAAGCAACACCACACGCAGCCGUCGAGGGAAUGUCUGCCUCCGAAAGGGCGCUGAUGAAGGACAAGUGCUUGGCCCACGCCGAGCAGAUCGUCAAGGUCUUGUCCGACUUUGUACAGCACAAGGAUGAAAGGGACAUGCUAGAGUUUGAUGCUGCCGUCUGUGCAUAUCACGGUGCUCGUCUCAUAUUGUUUGGGACGUAUACUGGCAAGGACAAUACUGGGCUUCCGAUGCAGAUGGCCAUCAACAAAGCGCAGCUGUGUUUGGAUGUUAUUACACGGUAUUUUGACUUUUCGGCACAGCUCAAGCCCAUGCGACAAGAACUUGAGCGAGUCAUCCAACAACACAAGUCAUGGCUAGAGUCUUCAGAUCAUCAAGCCCUAACAACAUCAGAUCCAGCACCACGACCACCACCCAAGCUAUCGAGAGACGCCUACAUCCGCCAACGCCUCGCCAUCCACAGUCUCCUCCGACAGUCUGACUUUGUCGACGACAGCCGCGACGCAGCCCCCGAGCCUCCCUCGGAACCAGCUCUGAGCUUCACAGCAUCCACAGAAGACGAGCAACCAGUCGCAGAGCCAUCUACAGAUUGGAAUACUAGGGAGACGGGCUAUCCGUUGGCAGAUCCAAUUACGGAUCCUAAUCUCCUGUUUGGUCUACCUUAUGGUGGUGUUGGACUGGAUUUGAACGCGUGGGCGUGUAAUACGGCCGGGACUCAGGACUUGAAUGGGUACUUGGCCGAUUUUGAUGAACAGUAUAUGUACUAG